ACAAAAAUAUCAAAUAUUUAUUAAUGUAAUCGUUUGAAAUUUUUUUACAUAAUUUAUUUUUUCAAAGGGUUAUUUUUUUUAAAAUUUAUAUUGUGUAUUAUCUUGUAUUAAAAUUUAUUGGAAAAUUGUCAUUGGUUAGUAAUUUCAGGUCAAUUUUUGGAAAAAGAAUGUUUUUAAAUACAUAGUAGCUUUAUUAUAUUAAACAGAUUUUUAAUAAUAAUAAUAUAUGUAAUAAUAUCAUUAUAUAUCAUGAGUAAAUAAACAGAUAAUCAUGAAUUGGACUGUUAGAAAAACUUUUGUUGUUACUUUCAUAUUAAAAAUUAAAAUUAUUGUUAAAAAUAUAAAUGGAUAUUAAGUAAGGGAGGAAGAAACAAAAUCUAUACAAAAAUCAACUUCUCUGUUUUUAUUACAUGAUUUCAUAGUCAUAUCUAUAAAGCAGUUUAUCAUCAGUGAAGUGGAUGACCAGAUGGUGAAUGAAAGGUAACAUUUAAUCUGAUUACAACUUAAAUGAACGUUGUUCACAUAGUGAAUGGAAAUAAAAUUUAUAUCAGAAAGAAGAAUGAUUGUUUUACAUGUCAUUGCAAGUUUUGUGGUGAUUAUAGUAUUUUUUGCUGGAAUUUUUGGUAAUUUAAUGGUAUGUGUGAUAUUCUUCAGAAGUCGCUUAUUUUACACACACAAAAACUCCCUCCACAUCAGUUUAGCAGUCGCCGAUUGUAUAUCAUGCUGUUUUAAUUCAUCUCUAUGUUUAGCUUCCAUUGUUAUAGGCCCUAAAUCAUCAUUGAAUUCUGCCUUAUGCCAAACUCAAGUUACAAUUUAUACAAUAGUCUAUACCAUUAAUUUAGUGACAUUAGCAACCAUCUGCAUCUUACGAACUUUAAUUUUACUGUAUUCAAGAAAGAGAGUACCAAAAAAGCUGACUUAUACAUUUAUUAUUAUUUCUUGGCUGAUGGGUAUUUUAUUGAGUAUUCUUAGUAAUACACUAUUUGAAGAUGAUUUCUAUGAAAUGUGUGCAUCAGUGGAUAUAAAAACUGGAAAACUUAAUUUUGGGAGAUUGAUAGGUGUUCCAAUCGUCAUCAUUUGUUUUGUAAUUAUUUUGAGCUGUUAUUUCAUUGUUUUAAGGAAGAGAUUUAAAGAAAAUGUUCUUAGGAUUUAUCCUGUACUGGGAGAUGCAAUCAAAUACCAGAUAACAUCUUCAGUUAAAGAUCCAGUAGUUCUUCAUUCAAAUAUGACAAGUAUCCACACAACAUUAAUCUUGGGUUUGAUACUAUUUAUAUCUUAUUUACCUCUAACUCUUCUGACGUUUAUUCCACCAGAACGAAUGGAAGACAGGCAUUCUUGGUUUCUUUUUGCUUUUUCUAUUUCGUUAGUAAUGAGUAUGUUAAAUCCUUAUGUUUAUAGUUUAAGAUGUGCUGCUUUUCAGAAAGAAGUUGCUAAAUUAACAAAGUUUACAUUCUGUUGUAAAAAAUAGAAUUAAAUAAUUACUUUUCAAUAACAUUUUAAGAAAUAUAUGGCAAACCUUUAUAUUUUAAUUAUGUUGGGAUUACAAAAAACUGGGAUUUUUUUUCUAAUAUUAAUUUUUCUUUUGUAAAUAGUUUUCCAAAAGUACCAGAUUUCCUUACUUGAUAUUGAUAAUAUCUUUUGGAAUAUACAAUAAUAAUAUGUGGAAACCAUAAGCAUUUUUCCACAUAUUAAUAUAAUAAUAAUAAUAAUUUGUAAAAGUAUGGAUGAUUGCAUCCAAAUUGUUUUUAUUCAUCACUUACACUGACUGACUAUUCAUGCUAUAAAUUAUCAGCCUAAUGCCACAAGAGAUGUGAGUUUGAACAUUAUCUGGAUCCUUGAUUUUUCAUGAAUACUGUGAAUUGGAAAGUCAUUUUUUCACCCUUUGCCUACAUGGUUCCCAUCACUGACUUUAAUGCUGAUCAUGUUCGCUCAAAAUGGGCAUAAUUGAGUUUGGCCACAGUCUACAGUCCAUCGAUUCUUUGUAUUAAUAGAUCAUUUUAAACCAUUGCAUCUGUUAAUGUUCUUUAAGAUAUUAUGUAGAAAAGAUACACGAAAAGAAAUAAAUUUAUUUAAUUGUAAUUUUAAAGUACAAAACAAAUAGUUUCAUCUAUUUAACCUAUUUAAAGUUCUGAGUUAGCUUUAAAAUGCAAUAAGUAAGAAACACAGAUUUAAUCCAUUUAUACUUUUCAAAUAUUUGUUCAUAAACUAAUAUAGCAUUAUUAAGUCUAAGAAUAGUAUUAACCUAAUUUGAUUGAAGUUUGAGGUUUGCUACUUUUGUAACAUAUACAUAAGAAAUAUUUGGAUGAAUAUUAAAUUUCAAAAAUCUCUUUUAAUACAAAUAACCAAUUAGCUACUUAAAUUGUGUUUUAACACAAAAUAAUACUUUACACAACAAAAUUUACCCCCAUUCACAGAGCCAAAUUAUUUUGUUUAACAAUAUUAUACAUAUAUUCAUAUAAAUUGCAAAGCGUGAAACUUAAUGUAUAAAUCAACAAUUACAAAUGUUACACCAUUUAAAAUUUGAAUACAUUGCUAAUUAAAGUAAUGUUAGAAGUAGUGUUGGAUAUUUAAAUUAUUUAGUCUAAAUCUGACUGAUAAAUAUGUUACAUCAAUUACCAUAUUUAGUUGGAAAUAGGUUAAAAUUAGUUUUAAAAGUUACAUAUUUCAUUAUAUACUCCUUUUGGAAAUACUUGAGUAGACAAAUUAAUACCAUUAAAGAUUUUUCUUUGUGUGUUUGCAUUCUUUGUAACAGUACCCUAUGUAAUAUAGACGGUCCUUAUUAUUAUUAUUGUAAAUAGAAAGAAGUGGGAUAUUUUGCAAGAUACUUUAAGUAGCCAUCACAUUAAUAUUCUGUAAUAAUCUCUAGAAAAUCCUAGAAAUCUAGUACUUUUACUAAAAUUUAUGACAUCAAUUAAGUUGGUGGAUAAGAUAAUCUUAGUAACACUCAGAUUUUAUCAUAUUAUCGUUUCGCUUUCAUUUGAAAUUCUUAUCUGGAAUCAACCUGUUACAUUUUAUCGAAAGUAUCAGGUCCAUGCAUUUCUACUUAACACGAGAAACACUUAACGAUGUUUCCGGUGUUAACUUAGAUUUUUUUUUUCUCUUUUUAAACUCUAGCCUUGGGCUGUAAGAAGGCAUCUUAUUAGCAAGUCCAUUAUGGGUUCGGCUAGGCCCACAGUGGGGGCGAGAGGUGAGGGAAGGAUAAUGGUAACAAUUUAACCUUUAUACUGUACAUAUAAAUAAAAUUCCAUUGAAAGAUACAUACCAACAUAUAUUAUUUUUAGUCAGACUUUUUGUAGUAAAUCUGAAAUAUUUUGUCUAUUGGGCUAUUUUCAAAAUUAGCUUCGCCUUGAAUAAAUUAAUGUACUGUAAAUCUAUUUCACAGAAUUGGUUGACUUUAAUAUUGGGGAUGGCACAGAGUGUAACGUCAGCAUGAAGGUGUCUAAAAAUUGUGGCCCGGAUUCACGAAAGCGUCGCUAAUUACAACGUCGUAUUCUCGCGACGUAGUUAAUUACGACAAAUUUACGACAAAACACCGGUGAUUGGUCGGAUGGCCGAGCGGUCAAGAUGGCAGUUCUGGGGGACCCGGGAUCGAAUCCGGUCGGGCCAAGGAAACCCCAGGAAUUUUUCGGGGGGUGGUCCGUUCGGAUAUGUCCCUCACCACCGUCCCUCACUACCCGGUCGCCCCAUGCGGGCCUGGCCGACCCCAUAAUAGGCCUGCUAUAAGAGGCCCUCUUAGUGCCCACAGAGCGGAGAGUAUAUAAAAAAAAGGUCACAAAUACAGUAAUACCGAACAACAACACAAAUUUUAUUUUCACAAAUUUAAUUAUUGUCAUUAUGUAUUCAAAAUAUAACAUUAAAUCGGGCUCCAAAACUGUUCAGUACGGUUCAUGAAUGAACGUCUAGCAACGUUGCUAUAUCAGUUACUAGAUAAUAUGAUUGGGUACAAAACGAAAUUUUCGUCUAGAGACACUUGCUCGCUAGGAGCACUUCUGCUAGGAUACAGUAUGACCAAUCUUUCGUGAAAACUCCCUAAACGGACCCGAAAUUCCCUUUAAAACUAACAGAAACAGAGUUCCCCUAAAAAGUGAAACAGGUUCUCCUUAAAUAGUUUUGCUCCAAGUGCAAUGAAUAUCAAUAAAAGUAUUAGUCGUUUGACAAUCCAGAGAAACGAAUUUUCACUUUAGGGCGUAGACACGGGUGAGCAAAAGCAUCACGCGAUGAAGCGACCUGAGCCAUGGUCACCUAGAUAUCUACCAGGCCUGAAUCUGACGUAUCGUGACGUUACAGGAAGAAUUCGUGUUGUAAAUAACUAUUCCGUCUAAAAUACGCUUUAUGAGGAUAAAAAUUCAUGUUUCGUCAACAUUAUCAUGAAAAAAUAGUUUAAAUAGCACUAAUUUGAUAUCGGAUUUUAAUAAUACUAGAGCUAAUUUCUUUUAAUUCGAGA